CCGGAUUGUUUAACAAUGGCGGAAGAUAUGAGCCGAAAACACUGUGCAAUGUGAAUUUUUACUGGAUUUGACGUACCUGCAUUUAAUUUUAAGCAAUGUCUUCUGUAAUUCUGUUUAUGUUAGCAAUCCUUUUUGGAGAGUCAUAUAGUCAAGGAACCGGGAUAGUGUAUAUUGGAGUUCCAAAUAACUCAUCACUUCCAACUUUUACUGUAACUAACAGCAUAGCUGGUGGAGUGACCAUAGAUGUUCCUGUUUAUAUUGAUGCUGUGAAUAAUACAGUCAGUGAAAGUAUCAAUGGCAAUGUUGAUGUUACUUGUGAGAUGCUGGUCACUACUAGAGGCUUCAGCAGUGCAACAUUCUCAACCAGACGGUUGUCAGAUACAACUCGCAGUGGAACCGUUCAAAUGAAUAAUUUACAGACUGGCAGGGUUGCCGCAUUUCAGUGCUUUGGAGAAUCUGUCACAGCUGGAGUGAACCAGUUUACAAGAGCAGGCUCAAGGAGUAGAGAAUCUUCUCUUACUGUAAUAAGUCCCCCUACAAUAAGUAUCUGUGCAGAGGAUACUAUAAAGGUCCUGAAUACAAAUACUGCCCAACAAAGUUUUACAGUGGAAUUCAGUGACCAAGUGACCACUGCAGUAACAGUAAGCUGUACCAGAGAGAAUGGCACCAUGGUUCUAAACAUUCCAAAUAAUGUGGCACAAGUUGGUACAACUAGGUUACAGAUGGACUUCACACUUACAACAGUAGGAACCCCUGUACAAGUCCUAUGUUCUGCAACAGGAUACAGUACAGGACCUUCAGUUGUGUUCCAGAUGAAUGAACCUAAUCUAGCAUUCUAUCCUCCUCCCUUCACGACAACAGCCACAAAAUUUGGGCUGUUAUUGCUGGUCACAAACCCUCCAACCGCUACUAUCCCUGUAACCUGCCAGGCCAACCUGUACAGCUCUAGUGCAGCCGCUCAGGGUGCCAUUAACAACCCGCCAUGUGGUGCUUCACCGACUGCCACUACCACAACUGCUGCCACCACCACAGGAUCAUCUGUAUCAGCUGAUCCUAAUGCUACAACACCUGCUCCAAUUCCAUCCACAACAUUAGUACCAUCAAUACCAGAGUGGGGGUUUCUACUGAAUGCUCCUGCUAUAGAGAAUACAAAUAAUUACCUGCAAAUUAAAGUGGCGAGGAACUUGGCUACCACAUCUUUUGUGCGGGAGUAUGUGGUAGUCAGCUGCUGCACCACAAAUCUACCAAACCGGCAACUUCAGGUCGCCACAAUGGUGGUGGCUGAACUCAAUAAGAACAGGACAAUAGAUUGGACAAAUGCUGCAGCUCAAGUGAGUGUGGACUCAGAAACACCAUACAAGAAUCCUGCGUUUGUCAACAUUUCACCUUGCCCAUGUGAUAUUACCCAGAAUGCAUGUGACAUGGAUUGCUGUUGUGAUAGUGACUGUACCACUUCAGACAGGGAUUCCUUUAGGGCCUGUAUCAGUGGCCUGCCUGGUGGGCAGUCUGCCCCCUACCCUGAGUAUUACUGUCAAUCCUCACACCCCUUAAAGGAGGACUGGUUCCCUCUCAUGUGUGUGGAGAGGGAAUACAAUGCCCUUAUUGGAUUUUUCUAUGCUGCUUCAAACACCCUGAGAAAUACUGAAGCUUUGAAUCUAAAGGUGGCAUCAGAGAGUUUCUACUCAUACAGUCGUCCAGACCUGACCACAACUCAAAUAAGUGCCUACAAAACAGGGGUGUCUGUAAAGUCCAUCAAAGAGUCGGCAGUAGGGGGUGGGGCUGCCGCGAGGAUAGGGACCGUCGUCCUCCCACGGAGGAUCCUGGCUGGUCAGUGCCUGACCACGGCUCCUGUCCGCUACCUAGUGGACCAACAGUCAGACUGUACCUUUACUGUGACCCGAGACAUGUGUAACAGUGCCAGUGUAUUCAGUGCCUUAUUUUACAUUCAGUCCUCCACCACUAGAGACCCGUCCUGUCCCAAUGCUUUUUCUGUCCAGGGCAGUCCAUCAGACUCUGUUGUAACAGAAACAAAUGUUAAUUACUUCUGUACCUCAGACUUCUCAGGUUAUGUAAAAGAUACUUCAUCCAUAGGAGACGUCACAACAUCAACGUUCUUCAACUUCACAUUGCCUACUGAUCAAGAAUGCUUGGAUGUGUGUGGAAAUUAUAUUUGUGUAGAAAAUGUCCCAGUAGAUGUGACAGAGCCCACUAGAGGAUCCCGAUGUUCAUUUGACAAUGGGUACACUCGCCCACCUGUGCCCUUUGUCAGAAACAAUGUUUGUGAGAAUGUUGUCUUAGAUGUAAAGUAUGAUUUUCAGUGGAAAGGCACUAGGAUAGUCAAACUGGAUGCGACCGUUAUUCUGGGAAAUGUUCCAUUGUCAACAACUACAGCCCCUGUAGAGAUAACCCAGAAGUAUGAAGCUAAUUUCAACUAUCAGUAUGAAUCAAAUGGAACCAUAGCCUCUGAUAACUACAGGGAAGUCAACACAGCAUACGACCGCUCAACAGGCUAUAAUUUAGGUAAAACUCUGAACAGUGGUGUCCAGAUCAACAAUGUGACAGAGAAUACAUUCCUGUACAUCAACACCAACCAGUCUCAGCAGAUAGCGGUGUGGGACACAGGUGCGGAUAGUUUGUGUUUUAAUGCUGGCAGAAAGUUGAUUGAAUUUGGACAAGAUGUUUUUACCAGCUGUCUUGUAAAACUAUCUCUUCAAGACCUCAGGAAUUGUUCUAAUAUCAGGAAAACUUUGAUCAAUAGACUGAAUAAUUUGAUGAAAGCUGACAAGAUUGGUCGCCUUGGUAACAACAAUUAUUUGAAUUUAGCCUACUGGAUAGAUGUUGCAAGAGAGGAUAUAUCAGCUGUGUGUACUGGAUACCUGAACAGUGUUGAUGAUGCCACUAAUAACAGCAAACUAUCGUACGAGGCACAGGGACUGUGUGUAGACAUUAUCAGUGGGAUUCACUUAGAUGUCAUGUAUGCCAUCACAGGAAAACUCAAUGCCACUCCAAUCCAUGAAGUCAUUGGUGCUCGCAUAAGCUAUGUGAAGUCAGAGUGGCAUUUACGGUGUGCCAUUGGUGACAUGAAUGCCUGCAAUACUCCCGGAUAUGCCGAAACAUUUGAAGUAACCAGCUCCGUAAGAUUUAUCCUGGUACCAGGCAACACACCAGAGAGACUGCCAAGGUACAAGGACAGUAAGUACUAUGACACCUGUUCCCAGGACGUGUGCUGGGAGGCGUUUAUCUACCCCCUGUCCUCUAGUUAUGAGGGGGUGGACAAGGAACAGGUGCUUGUACAAGUUCUCCUCGUCAUCGUCAUUCUCGUUGGCUUCCUCGUUUUCCUCAGACCCUGGUGGUACAUUUUAUGAUAGUGAACUCAGCUAGAUUCUGUGAAAUUAGUUUAUAACUAUAAAAGUACUGGAUUGGAUAGACAGGUUUUAUAAAGAGACGUUGGUACAUGUAUGUCAGUAUGACUGAAAAUAUGGAUAAUGACUGACUGUAAAAGGAGUUGGUUCUGAGGAGUUGAUAAUACAUAGCAAUGCCUAGUACACAUUUUACAUUCAAAAUGGAUAAAGUUGAAAUUAUGUUGAGUUUGAGAGUCUAGGAUUUGUGGGCACUUGAGAUUACAUGUAUCAAUGACUGACACAAACGGAGGGUCAUUCCAUUUUUACAUAUUAAUGAAGCAAGACAGCCAAGAAUCACACUUUUGUGAUACUGAUCAUAUGCUCAUCACAUACAAUGUACACAGCACAUGAAAAUAAAUUCCGUCCAAUUUUGUAUUGUCUGGUAUGACAUUUGUCUAAUGUAUUUGUAUAAAUGUAGAGUGAGUGAGAAAACAAUAUACAAGUGCUUG